CGAUGACGCCAUCAUUCGGCGCCGCAGCUUUUCGUCUCCUUGGCGACCGCGGCCUUCGUGCUCGGUACUCACUCCGCCUAGCCGUCCUGAGAAAAUGAUGGGGCGGAGGAGCCGGACGGGCCCGUUGCAGAGCGCGCUACGUCGGGGCCGAGAGCUCCGAGAGCAGGUUGGUGCUUUGCUUCAAGAAAGCAAGGAAGUGGGAACUCUGGAUCCUGAAAAAAAGAGAAGCCUUAGUCAGAGAUGUUUGGAACUGAAGAAGUCUGUUGAUGAAAAUGCGUAUAUUCUUCAAAACCUGAAGAAAGCAGAUGAGCCUGCGCCUGUGGGGAAUUACAGUCAAAGGAAAGAAGAAGAAGAAAAACAUUUGUUAAAGCUCUCUCAGCAGCUGGAGAAACUUGUUGCAACCCUUAGCCAGGAAUAUGCGAUAAAGGACCCCAAUGUGGAUGAAAAAAGGAAAAUCAUCCCAAAGACACAGCAGGAAAAUGAGACUGAAGAGGAAGACGAAGAAGAGGAGGAUGAAGAAGAAAGUACUGAAGAUGACGAUGACGAUGAUAAGGAUGAGGAUGAAGAAGAAGAUGAAGACAAACUAAGAGUUGAUUCAGCUAAAAAAUAUAUUGCUCUUGGUGAUUUUGCUGCUCAGCAAGAAGGGGAUUUGACAUUUAAAAAAGGUGAAGUUCUUCUCAUACUUGAGAAAAAACCUGAUGGUUGGUGGUUGGCUCAAAAUUCCAAAGAAGAGAAGGGCCUGGUACCUAAAACGUAUCUUAUGAUUCAUGAUGAUGAAGGGGAGGGCCAAGAACCAAGUGAAGAGGAAACAGAAGAAGAUAUAGAAGUGGCAGAUGAAACAGCAGGAGGAGCCACAAUUUUGAAAAGAACAGAUUCUCACUGGAGUGCUGUUAAAAAAGCCAUAUCAGAGAAUAAUACCCUAGAUGCCCUGACAACCAUGGGAGCGGUUCCAGCAGGAUUUCGACCUUCAACGCUUGCACAGCUCUUGGAAGAGGGAAUUCAGUUUCAUGCCCAUUACUUCCUGCAACCUGAGCUCACACCUUCCAAUCUUGCUUUCCGAGAUCUAGUCUGGAAUUCGGAAAAAGGCACUAUUGAACCAAGGCCAACUCGGAUAUCACUAAUUUUGACCUUAUGGAACUGUAAAGCGAUUCCUUUUCCUGGACUGAGCAUACAGGUCCUCAGUAGACAUGUUCGGCUCUGCCUUUUUGAUGGUAACCGGGUUCUGAGUAACAUUCAUACAGUCAGAGCUACAUGGCAACCUAAAAAUCCCCAGACAUGGACUUUUUCUCCACGGGUCACUGGCAUCUUACCAUGCCUGCUUGAUGGUGAUUGCUUUGUUAGAUCCAAUUCUCCAUCUUCAGAUAUUGGUAUAUUGUUUGAGCUUGGGAUCACUUAUAUUCGCAAUUCAACAGGUGAAAAAGGAGAAUUGAGUUGUGGCUGGGCAUUUCUAAAACUUUUUGACUUGAAUGGACUUCUGAUUCCCUGCAAAACAUAUGAGCUGCUUUUGAAUGGUGGAACUCCAUAUGAAAAAGGGGUUGAAGUAGACCCAUCCAUUUCAAGAAGAGCCAGUGGUGGAGUUUUCCACCAUAUUAUAAUGCUAAGGAAGCAGCCACAACUUCUAGUGAAACUGAGGUCAUUAAGUACACGAUCUAAAGACAUAUUGAAUCUGCUGCCCGAAGUGUUAAUUGGCAAUAUGUGCUACAUACACCUCAUACUGUUUUAUCGUCAGAUUCUUGGUGAUGUGCUCCUGAAGGACAGACUGAACAUGCAAAAUGCAGAUUUGAUCGGCAAUCCAAUUCUGGCAACUUUCCCCAAACUCAUGGAGCAGCCUGAUCUCAUGGACGCACUCAGGAGUGCCUGGGCAGAGAAGGAAAGCACGCUAAAGAGAUCUGAAAAGAGAGACCGGGAAUUUCUGAAGUCCGUGUUCAUCUUGGUGUACCAUGAGUCUGUCUUCCCUCUCCUCCAGUCUGUACUCCUCCCAGAGUACAAGUGGGCAGAAGAAGAGUCCGAGGGCACUCGCUGGCGAAUGAUCGCUAACUUCUUGAAGCAAAACCAAGAAAAAGAUGGCGCUCUGUCCUCCUUGCUUUCAUCAGACAGCCUUCACAAGCCUUUUGAUAUAGCAGAAAUAACGUACGAUUUUCUAGAAGAGGCAAGGAAGAGUAGUCAUUUAUAGUAUGAAUGGAUUUUAGAGUCUUGAAUCUUUGCCAGUUGUUGUGCCAAUGAGAAUAAAUUGAGUAUAAUGGAUCACCUAGCCAAAGGAGGAAGAAAGUUGUGUGUUUGGGCCUUACAUUUAUAUAUUACUUUUAUAAGUUGAUUGUGAUGCAGUGUUGUUCAUAUUUACAGUAGAUAUCAUGUUCUUCUAAGUGGUCUCUGUCCAUCACACUGAUGGGCUUCAUGCCAGCAUGGAAAACACUCCGCAACACUCACAAGCCAUUCCCCCCCCCCCAUCUCGCUUUAUCUCCAGAUAGGUAGCUUGGCUGCUCCCCCAUACACCUAGUCACCUGACACCCCCGCUCCUCCUCAGUUCUUUUUUUUUCCGCGGAAAGAGAAGUACUCUUGGGACGUUUACAAGCCUUCAGUCAGAAAUUCAUUAUCAUUGUUAGACCCUCUAUUUUAUUUUUACAUUUAUUAUAUCUUUUUCUCUCCUGAUAUAUAUCUCCCUUUCACAUUUUGCGUGUUUUUUUCUUUGACUCGUGAUUCUUUCAUCUAGUUCACUCCUUCCUUACUGAGGGGAACAUGUAUGGCCGGUAAAGCAACAUUUAAACGCUGUAUACAGUGCAAGUUAGCGUUUCCCUCUUCAGAUGGUCAUAGUCUCUGCCUCAUCUGCCUUGGAGAGACUCAUUUGAGUGCAAAUUGCUCCCAUUGUUUGAGAUUUUCUAAACAAGCUAGAAGAAACAGAGCUUCCCGGUUACAUCUUCAUUUGUGGGGAAAGGCUCUGUCAAGCAAUGUUAUGGACCAAUCUGCCAGUGCUUUGACUUCUGCUUCUGACAAUAUUGGUGUGGUGCCUGAGGUGACAGUUCCACUACACGGAGGGCCUCCACGGCCACGGCUGCGAUUGCGGGCUCAUCACUGAUGCUUAUGCAGGGCAUUGCAAAGACUCUCACUAUUACCGCUCCUACAGGAGCAGAGACUCGUUUUGGCUGGGUUACCCCGGAUAGGCAUUAUAGGUCUCGUUCUUGAUCGCCAUGCCCACGCCUUAAGAAAUCAUACUGCUAUGCCAGAAGCGAUUCUCCUCUGCAUAAACGCUACCGCUGCCUCUCUUAUGAUGACAGGGUUUAUGAUGCUUCUCAGGCAAGGACCCACGUGAGCAGGCGGCGCACUUCUGAGACAUACCCGCAAGCUACUGUAACUUCGAUGCCUCACCCUACAGUCAGUACUCAAUGCACAGACACCUCAGCUAUGUAGUCUGCUGGUGCCUGUCCUCAUCCUCCUAUUGUCCAGGUGCAAGUGCAGCAACCUGCCUCUCUCUCGAAUCUGGAUGUGUCUUGUCCUGUUCCUCCAGAAAAGAUUUUGGAAUCAUCAGACUCGUCAUCGGAUUCAGAUGCUGACUCUACUACCUCUUUGUCCAGUCAGAGCAGCCCAGAUGCUAAGCGCCGCAGGCGAGGAAAUGACUCAAUCCCCUCUUCACCUUCAGGGGACUUCAAAUCCUUUUCGGCAUACAUGUCUAGAAUGACCAAGUCUCUUGGUGUUCAGUUAGUAGAAGAGAUUGUUCUAUCAUCUAAUCCUCUCUUUGAUGUGCUUGACAAUGACUCUGCCAAACUAGUAGUGAUUCCUAUGAAUCAGGCUUUGCUAGAUAUUGCACAGGCGUUCUGGGAAAAACCGUCCACAGCUCCGCCAACCUCCAGGAGAGUGGAAAAUCUAUAUAGAAUUAAAUUGGAGGGGUCCCAGUUUUUAUCAAAACAUCCAGCCCUCAGUUCAAUAGUGGUGGAAGCGGCGCAGACCAGGUCUAAAAAUAAACUGCUUUCUACCCCUGUGGAUAGGGAAGGACGCAGACUGGAUUCCCUGGGCAAGCGUUUGUACUCUGGCUCAGCAAUGCAAAUAAAAAUUGCAAAUUACCAGGCCUUCAUGUCCUGGUAUAACCACCUACUUUGAGAGAAGCUGUCAGAGCAAUUGGAGUCUCUACCCUCGCCCGCUCAAGACGCUCUUCGCUCUUUGCAGAAGGAAGGGUUCCGUCUGAGUAAGCAACUUCUGCAUAUCUCUAAGCAUUCGACUGACUGCGCGGCCAGAUCACUUGUUACAUUAGUGUCUCUACGUAGGCACGCCUGGUUACGCUCGACUGGCUUACAUGCAGAGGCGAGGACGUGUAUUGAAGAACUUCCUUUCGAUGGCUUAGUGCUGUUCGAGACAGAGAUGGACGAGACUAUGGAGCGGGUCCAGAAGAUGUGGAAGACAGCUUGGUCCAUGAGCUUUGCUUUUUCAGCUUCAACUCCCAGGUUUAAUAAGUCUUUUGCCCCCAGAGGCCCUAUCAGCACCGUCAGUUGGCCUCUCAAGCCUAUGAACCAUCCUUUCGCCAACUCAGAUAUGUCCAGUCUAAUACCCAAUAUAGGAAGCGUCAGUAUCAGAACGCCAAGCAGUCUCAGCAGAAGCCUAAGCAUGUGUCUUUCCAGAAGAGAGCAUGACUGCCCCCGGAUGGGGUCCCGGUUGCGACCUUACCUCGAGCAAUGGGGAAAAGGUCACCUCCAAUGCCUGGGUCCUUAUUAUCAUCUGCCUAGGGUGCGCUAUAGAGUUUGUAGAGCGUCCUCCAGACUCAGGCAGGAAACAUACACCUGUAAAUGCUGUCCUCUUAGAAGAAAUAGACACUCUUCUCCAAAAAGGAGCGAUAGAAUGGGUUCCGCCUCAUCUGCACGACGGCCUUUUCUCUCACUACUUUACCGUCCCAAAGAGAGAUGGAGGCCUGAGACCGAUUCUAGACCUACGCCUACUCAACACCUAUGUGCAGUAUCAACGCUUCAAAAUGCUAACGGUCACGGACAUUUUAUUGCUCCUUUUGCAAGAGAUGUGGUUCGUUACCAUAGACCUGGAAGAUGCAUAUUACCAUAUAUCCAUUCGUCCACAGCAUCGGAAAUACCUUCGGUUUCAGGUGGGCAAAGACACUUUCCAGUUCAGAGCCAUGCCCUUCGGACUCUCUUUAACACCAAGAGUCUUUACAAAGUGCAUGAUGGUGGUCAUUGGACAUCUCCAAGAAAGAGGGGUACAGAUUUUUGCCUAUUUAGACGAUUGGAUGCUAUGUGCAAGGUCCCCAACCCGUCUUUUAAAGGACCUUCACAUGACUAUGAUGCUGUUGGAAGACUUGGGUCUGUCCAUCAGUUUCAGAAAGUUGCAUUUAGAACCUAUCCAGAAUAUAAGAUUCUUGGGCCUUCAGUUCGACUCCGUAGCAGUGGAAGUGAGACUACCAGAAGAUCGAAUCCAGAAUAUUCAGCAGUUCACUCGACGUCUAUGCGUGAAACCUUCGCACACCACAAGGGACGUUCAACGGAUGCUAGGCUACAUGGCCUCUGCAACAACGACUUUACCAACUGCCAGACUACGUAUGCGCCCACUUCAAAGAUGGUUUAUCGACACCUUCCGACCACUCAAAGACCACAACACAAAAAGGCUUCUGAUCCCUGCUCGGGUGAGCAACACUCUUACGUGGUGGACUGUCACUAAAAAUCUCCGGCAAUCCACUCCAUUCACAAGAGAUCCUCCCGAUGUACAGGUUACGACAGAUGCCUUGGAGGAGGGAUGGGGAGCCCAUCUUCAUAUCCAUAUCAGUGGGCAUUGGACUGCAGAAGCGUCUGAGCACCACAUAAAUUACCUAGAAUUGUUGGCAGUAUUCAAGGCUCUGAAGGGUUUUCUUCCAGUGGUGAAAGGACUGCAAGUACAAGUCAUGACAGACAAUACCACGACGAAGGCAUAUAUCAAUCGCCAAGGUGGAAUGGGCUCUCGCUCCCUUCUUCGACUAACACUCAACCUAUGGCAUUGGGCCCUGUCUCACCACAUCAGUCUCACGGCGGUUCAUAUCAGGGGCCUAGACAAUUGUUUGGCAAACAGAUUGAGUCGAUCAAACGCCCUGUCCCAUGAAUGGAAACUAGACCAAGUUGUCCUGCAGAAUAUUUUUUGUCGCUGGCGUUUCCCAGAUGUAGACCUUUUGGCAAGCGAAGUCACUUGCCAGUGUCGUAUGUAUUAUUCCCGGGCAGGAGUGGGGAAAGGUUCAGCAGGCGACGCAUUUGCAAUAAGCUGGUCAGGGGGCUUCCUUUAUCUAUUCUUCCCAGUUCCCCUCCCACGUGUUCUGCGGAAGAUAGGCCUCGAGGCGGCGAACUGCAUUCUUGUCACACCUUGGUGGCCUUGCCGCCCUUGGUUUCCACGUCUUCUUCAACUUUCCAACAGUUGCUUCAUAAGACUUCCUCUGUCCCCGACCCUGCUGUCCUUAGAGAACGGCCGAAUCCUUCACCCGGACAUUCACAAAUUGCGGCUGACAGCUUGGAGGAUCCAGCUUUUUGGUCCCCGGAGUUGAAGGAGGUCAUCACGGCUUGCAGAAAGCCCGCCACUUUGACAUCUUACAGGGCAAAAUGGAGACUUUUUUGGAGUAUGUUGCUUCAAAGGGGUGUUCGCCACCUUUGGAGGCAACACUACCAACAAUCUUGUCAUACCUACUGGUUUUAAAGAAGUCUGGCCUUUCAGUGUCUUCUGUUCGGGUCCACCUAUCUGCCAUAUCCGCUUUCCGGGCCUCUGGUGACCGUUAUACAUCCCUGUUUGCCAUGCGAUCAGUUAAACAAUUUUUAAAAGGCUUAGCUCAUUUGCACCCAGACAUGCCCUCUGUGGCUCCUACCUGGGACUUGCCGGGAGUACUUAUGGCUCUUAUGGGCAAGCCUUUUGAGCCCAUGGCAACUUGUGAUUUACGGUUGUUGACUCUUAAAACUAUCUUCCUUGUCGCUAUUACUUCUGCUAGGAGGGUUGGGGAGUUAAGGGCAUUACGUUGUGACCCACCGUUCCUUAUGUUUCAUAAAGAUAAAGUUGUGUUGCGGGUGGAUGUUUCAUACCUCCCAAAAGUAGUUUCGUCGUUCCAUAGAUCCCAACCUAUCUCCUUGCCAGUCUUCUCCCCAGACCCUUCUACUCCAAUGGAAAGGAGGUGGCAUGCCCUGGAAGUCAGGAGGGCGUUAGCCUUUUAUGUCCAUUGAACGGCAUCCUUUAGAACCGCCAAGGCUCUCUUUGUCGCUCAUGGUGCACCCCAUAAGGGCCAGAAGGCCUCUUCACAAUCAAUUUCUGGAUGGAUUGUGCAACCCAUCAAGCUGGCCUACCAAGUUGCUAGUAUCCCUCCCCCAGUUGCUUUAAAGGCUCAUUCUACUAGGGUAGUCUUCACCUCAAUGGCCUUCAAUAGGGGCAUUUCUCUGGAGUCGAUUUGUCAAGCUGCAACCUGGGCUACACCCUCAUGCGUUGUAAAGCAUUAUGCUCUGGAUGUGCGGGCCCGCCAAGAUGCCUCUUUUGAGGCAUCUGUUUUGCAAUCUGUUUUUUCAUUGACAUAGCCUCUGUACUGUAUGCCUCAGUUGCUUGCUCCUUCUGUGGGGUUCUCUGUUUUUUGUUCCUUGUUGGUUGUUUCAAAUAAAAUAAUUUUUUUUAAAGGAAGGUUUUGGGAAGUAAUUUUUUCAUCAUUCCCAUUUGCAUUCUCAACUUAAAAUUAUUGGGGAUUGUUCUGGGAAUGUGUGCCUUGUCUCUGGCUCUGCCCCACCUCCUUGUUCUGGAGCUUGCUAUGCGCCCAUCAGUGUGAUGGACAGAGACCACUUAGAAGAACUACAGGUUGCUUACCUGUAACUGGAGUUCUUUUGGUGGUCAUCUGUCCAGUCACACACCUGCCCAGCCUGCCCCACUGCAGAGCCUUGUUCGGCGGACUCUAGAACGGGGGGGGGUCAGGUGACUAGGUAUAUGGGGGAGGAGCCAAGCUACCUAUCUGGAGAUAAAGCGAGAUGGGGAAAAAAAGGCUUGUGAGUGUUCCGAAGUGUCCUCCAUGUUGGCAUGAAGCCCAUCAGUGUGACUGGACAGAUGACCACCAGAAGAACUCCAGUUACAGGUAAGCAACCUGUAGUUAUUAACACUAUUUAUUAUGAUUUUUUUUAACAAAAGAUGUAAAGAUAUAUAUUUGUUAACUUUGAUAAAGAUUAUACUGGGUUCCUUCA